AUGUCUUUUCUCUUCACACCUUCGGAUUAUACUCGUCAGGCCCAUGUCAAGCAUUCCCCCUCGUUGACGUUGGAAAGAGGCGAGACGCGUUUGCGACCAUCAAGAAUUGGAAAUCAAAACGAACGGACCUCGUUUUAUCUCAACACAGACACGGGUAUUGACCUCGAUGGCGAACUCAAGUCGGGCUAUGUUUCAGGAGAUCUACGGAGUAUAACACCGUCGCCAGAUAGCGCGAGCACGUCGUUUGAGCCCAUGCUACGCGCUGCCUCUCUCGACCCUCGUUCAUCCGUCCACAGACGGUCUUCAUCCUCACUCGCCCCACCAUUCGAUGGUCAACCACAUUUUCGACCCAUUAGCCGGUCCUCUUCAGCCGCAGGCUUGAUCCAAAGGCAACGAGAAGAACGAGAAAUCGUUCGACGUCAAACCAUGAGACGCGCAGGCGGAAACGUCUACUGUGGAACAAUAGGCGCUCUUCUGUCUCUUAUGACCGUUUGUUUGACAGUUAUUAUCCUCAUCUACCUCAAGUUACGCUGA